AGAUGAGAGUAAGAUGGUUUCAGGAUGGUGUGGAACUGAACUCAGAUACCACAAGGCCAAAUUCCAACACUGUCCGAAUAACAGCAGCAUGGACACCACAGGAAUCUGGUCUGAUGGAAGUCGUCUGUAUGGCCGAUUUUGAGAAAUAUCCAUCAAUUCCCCCAAAGAAUAAUAGUGCUUUCAUUGAGGUGUAUGCUUUCUCUUCCCCUGAAAUCCAAGUACCAACCAGCCAGGAAGGAAAUCUGGUUAAUAUUACAUGCCUUGUGUUAAAUGUCUCAGGGGAUCUUGAACUCAGUCUGAAGAAAGGAAAUGACAUAUUAGUGAGUGGAUCAAGCAGUACUGGGCUCACUAUCUCUCAUACAGUAGAAGCUCAAGCUAAGCUGGAUGGACAGCAGUAUAUCUGUGAAGCUGAACUGAAACUUCAAGAUCAGUCAAUGACAAGCCCUGUUAUUAAACAACAGAUUGAAACCCUCCAUGUCCUGUAUAAACCACGAGACACAAUCAUGACCAUAUCGGUAAAUGACAAAACCAUAUCAGGAAAUAACACACCCAUGUCAAGCAUUCCAGUAGAAGUUACUAAAGGUGAUGAAAUUACAAUAAGCUGUAAGUCCAAUGGAAGACCCUCACCUACAUUAGAGUGGGUAAACCCCAGUAAUGGCAGCAACAUUGUGAUUGGUCCCUCUGGGUUUCUGCACAUUCCGUACGUAACCUCAGAGCAUCAAGGAAUUUAUAAAUGUAGAGCUACCAAUCAAUAUGGAAUUGAUGAGAAGGAAGUGGACCUCAGGGUCAAAGAUGAAACACGGAAAUGGAAUUUAAUCAUCAUAAUUUCCAUAGUCAUCGUGUUGGUGGUGCUAAUAAUACUCAGCUCUCAUUUCUGCACUGCCCAUGGGCAGCUUUGCAAAGGAAAUCAACCUGAUAUCGCUCUGGGAAAUACCAGUGAUAAUUGAAUGAAAAACAAUGAGGAUCACUAAAUUGAGGUAUAAAUUGAUCUGGUGGUUGUUCAAGUCAAAAUCACUAAAACCAUCUUUUCCUUACCAAGGAUUUUGACUGUGUUUUGUGUAAUGUGCUACUUGCAAUGCUCAUUAAUAUAAUUAUAACAUUUUCACAUUUAUUUUGGAAGAUAUUCUAGAUACUGGAGAACACAUUAUGAAACCUUUAUUUUGAAAGUCAUACCUUAUGAGCUCAUUUUUGUAUUUCUAAUACUUGAGAGAAAAAAUGUAAAUUCCUGAAGUAAAUAUUGAUUUAUUGGCAUUCGUUUAUGGUGCAAUUUGUAAGACUACAAGAAAUUAUGAUGAUUAAAUUCCAUUUGUGGGCGGCACGGUGGUACAGUGGUUAGCACUGCUGCCUCGCAGCGUCAGAGA